UGCUCAGGCCCCGGGGGUGGACAACCACCACAACCACCACGCCCGGCCGCCUUUGUCUCCCCAGUGGCGACGUUUCAUUUGAGGCCGAGUCAACCUAGAGGAGGCCCGUGGACCGGUUAAGUUCAUCGUCAGCGGUGUUGACGCCGAGGCGGCCGCGAGGAUGGCGACCUGCGAAGAGGUUCGCGUGAGCGGCCACGCCGAGUUCGCGAGCGCCGUGCGGCGGCUGCAGGGCCGCGACAUCUUCGUGCUCUUCUCGGGCAGCAAAGACGCGGGCAGCGGCCAGAGUUGGUGCCCGGACUGCGUGGCGGCCGAGCCCGUGGUGCGUGGCGCACUGAACACUCUCCCAGAAGGAGCCGUCUUCAUCUACUGCGAAGUGGGCGACCGUACAUACUGGAAGAAUAAAGACAACGAGUUCCGGAAGCAGCUGCAGUUGACGGCUGUGCCCACACUGCUCAAGUACGGCUCGCCGCAGAAGCUGGUGGAGGAAGAGUGCCUCAAGCCUGAACUUGUGUCCAUGCUGUUCUCCGAGGACUGAGCACCACCAGAAUGUUCACUACAAGAUCACGCCUGGUGCCAACACCAUCCAUUCCACAGCAACACCUGCCAGUUGCUCAACUGUUAGAAUGUCUGAACACUAGAAAUUAAAGAUUGCACUAAGUUUUGUCAGUUUGAUCAGUGAGAGGCCUUCACGUACUUUAAUUGGUAAAUGUUGAAUGUGGUGACGUAAUAUUUCACGGAAUGUCUUGGUUAAUGCAUUGCAAAGAUACUGGAUAUAUCAUAAAUCGCAUCUGGUCAUGCAAAUCCACGUUUCAAGCACGACAACCAGACCCUCAGUAAUAUGCUUGUAAAGAUGCAUCGAUUAAAAUUGAUUCUUACCCAUGUA